GCCAGUCCAUAUCUAUAAGGUCUAUGGUUCUAUGAGUAUAUGUUCUGUGGAUGGGCCCGUCAUACGUCUAAUACGUCAAACAUGGCGGAACUGAUCGCGAUUCCUUUGAAGAAACCUUCGGAUGUCGAUGUGGUAAAGCCGCUUACCAAUGUCAUCAGGUCGACAUACAGUGGCACGGGCAAGGAUUACGCGGACGCUAUUGCGGAGUUCAGCAAAUUGCGGAAUAAUGCUCUAUGGCGUGCCUUUGAGAAAUAUGAGAGCUCAUUACAGGUUAUCUAUAGCUACUAUGAUCAGUUAUGUGCUCUGGAAGGAAAAAUCCCUGCUCACGAAUUGCAAAUACCAUUCAAAUGGAAAGAUGCCUUUGAUCGUACAAUUUUUGGAGGAAAACUUAGUUUAACUAUUACUACAUUGGCAUAUGAAAAAGUAUGUGUACUAUUCAAUAUUGCUGCCUUACAAAGUUCAGUGGCAGCUACACAAUCCUUAGACAGUGAUGAAGGACUAAAAUUGUCAGCCAAAUUAUUUCAGCAAUCAGCUGGAAUAUUUAAUUAUCUGAAAGGAAACGUUAUGAUGGCAAUUCAACAAGAACCCACACCUGAUAUUAGUCCAGAAACUCUUGGAGCAUUGAGUGCGUUAAUGCUCGCGCAAGGACAAGAAAUAUUUGUACACAAAGCGAUACACGAUUCUAUGAAAGAUGGCAUCAUUGCUAGAUUAGCAGCACAAGCAGAAGAACUGUAUGCAGAUGCUCUGAAAUUAUUCCAAAAGGAAAUUUUCCGUGCGUUUUGGGAUAAGGAAUGGGUACCAUUGAUCGCGGGUAAACAAGCUGGUUAUCGUGCUAUGGCUGAAUACUAUCAAUCACUUGUAUGCAAGAAUAACAAAUCGAUUGGAGAAGAAAUUGCCAGAUUGGAGCAUGCUGUGGAGCUAUUCAAAGCUGCUCAACAGAGAUCGAAUAAACCGAGUUUAUUCCAAGACUAUGCCAACAAAGCACAAAGAAAUUUAACGGAAGUGAAAAAAGACAAUGAUUUUAUAUAUCAUGAAAGGAUUCCAGAUAUCAAAAAUGUAGAAGCUAUAGGAAAAGCUAGUGUCGCCAAGUUGCUUCCACUACCUGAAGUAUUCAGUGCUGACUUUAAAGAUUUAUUUGCCGAACUGUUGCCUCUUAAUGUACGCCACGCAAUGUCGGCCUAUGAGAAUCGCCGUAACGAGCUUGUUAAUUAUGAAAUUUCGAAUCUUCGUGAAAUGACUCAACUUUUAAAUAGCGUUUUAGCAAGUUUGAACUUGCCAGCAGCUAUAGAAGAUACAAGUGGAACGGAAAUACCUCAAUCGCUAUUGGAUAAAGCAGCUCGCGUACGGGAAUCGGGCGGAAUAAAGGCUUUGGAAGCAUCUAUGAAAGAACUGCCGGAUUUGCUGCAGCGUAAUAAAGAACUUUUAGAUGAGGUAAAAAUAUUUCUAGAAAGAAUGCUGCAAGAAGAACGUGAUUCCGACAAUCAACUGAGAGAACAAUUCAAAGAACGCUGGAAGCGAACGCCUAGUGCCCGAUUGACAGAACAGUUUACUAGCAAUUUACAAAAAUACCGCGAAAUUAUCAAUAAUGCAGUUUCUGCUGACAAGGUGGUUCGUGAAAAAUAUGAAAACCAUAAAGAAGGAAUCGAGAUCUUAAGUUUGGAUGAGGAAGAACUUGCCCGUGCUAUUCCGCAAGGUUCAGCUCUUCAAGAAAGUAAUGUCGUUAUACAACUCAGAAAAUUAAUGGAGGAUGUAGCGACAUUAAAAUCUGUACGAGAUACUAUCGAAAACGAAUUUAAAUUCGCUGCCAAUGAUAUGAAGACGACAUUCCUUUCCGCAUUAGCUAAAGAUGGAGCAAUUGAUGAACCAAAUAUAUCUGUCGAGAGCUUAGGAAAAUGUUACGGGCCUUUACAAAAGCAAGUACGAGAAAGUAUAGCGCAACAGGAGGAAUUAAUCGCUAAAAUUCAGAGUUGCCAUGCAGAAUUUACAAACGAGCAAGCUGGUACCGGUAGUGCGCGAGAGGCGAUGCUCUGUAAAUUAGCUUCCGCUUAUGAUGCAUUUAAAGAGCUAAAGAAUAACUUAGUGGAAGGAGCUAAAUUUUACAAUGAUCUAACACAGUUACUUGUGGUUUUCCAAAACAAGAUAUCUGACUUUUGUUUCGCUCGAAAAACUGAAAAGGAGGAACUCUUGAAAGAUUUAACUACGAAUCUGAGCCAAACUGGUCCUGCUGCAACACCAAAUAUUCCAUCUCAUCAUAGUGGUCCGUCGAGUGGAAAUCAAAUGGCAGAAACCGCCGCGGCGGCACCGCAACUGCCUUAUCCAACUCAGUAUCAAGGUGGUAUGCCUAUACCUUAUGGUGCCUCACCGGCAACGCCGUAUCCAGCGUAUGUUCCUCCACCGAUGCCGACGACGUACAACCCAUAUGCUACAAUGCCAUAUCCUACACAAGGAGGAUACAAUCCUUACCAAGGUAUGCCUCAAGCUCCAUACGGAGGUUAUGCUACAUUACCACGUUAUGGCGGCAACCAACCACCGCAUCAUGGACAAAAUCCAUGGUGAACUACAUGAGCAAGCAGUAUCGGUGUAUACUGCGAUAUUAACGUAUUCAUACAUCUCAUGCAUAUUUUAUAUAUAAAUUCUAAAAAAAGCAGUUAAAAAUCUGCAUUGGGUAACAAUGUUGCAUGUAAUCCAAGGGAACUUGUGUUUAUUACUUGUUACACGUUUCACUGUAUCAUGUUCUUUAUCUAAUACAGAUCAAUUGUUGAUAUUUAAGCUUUAAGCGCCACUUCAUCUAUUUGUGUAGAGGGCUUAUCGAUUUAUAAAUAUAUUUUGUAAAAUAAGA